GGUUGGGUAGCUUGGCAUUAGCUAGUGUGCGGGCAGGAGGAGGCUUCUGCUGGAACAAAAAUGGACAGUCAAGGGAGAAAAGUUGUGGUUUGUGACAAUGGAACCGGGUUUGUCAAGUGCGGCUAUGCAGGCUCAAACUUCCCUGAACACAUUUUUCCUGCGCUGGUUGGCCGGCCAAUCAUCCGCUCCACAGCUAAAGUCGGCAACAUUGAAAUCAAGGACCUGAUGGUGGGGGAUGAGGCCAGCGAGCUUCGCUCCAUGUUGGAGGUGAACUACCCCAUGGAAAAUGGCAUCGUAAGGAACUGGGAUGACAUGAAGCACCUGUGGGACUACACCUUUGGCCCUGAGAAACUCAACAUCAAUUCGCGCAACUGCAAGAUCCUACUGACCGAGCCACCCAUGAACCCCACCAAGAACAGAGAAAAGAUUAUAGAGGUGAUGUUUGAAACAUACCAGUUCACAGGAGUGUACAUCGCCAUCCAAGCUGUCCUCACUCUCUAUGCUCAAGGACUGCUGACUGGAGUGGUGGUCGACUCUGGGGACGGCGUCACUCACAUCUGUCCGGUGUACGAGGGCUUCUCCCUGCCUCACCUGACCCGACGCCUUGACAUCGCAGGAAGGGACAUUACACGCUACCUCAUCAAGCUGCUGUUGCUCCGAGGUUACGCCUUCAACCAUUCGGCAGACUUCGAGACGGUGAGGAUGAUGAAGGAGAAGCUUUGCUACGUCGGUUAUAACAUCGAACAGGAGCAGAAGCUGGCGCUGGAGACAACAGUGCUGGUUGAGUCGUACACGCUCCCAGACGGCAGGGUGAUCAAGGUGGGCGGCGAGAGGUUCGAAGCCCCGGAGGCUCUGUUUCAACCCCACCUCAUCAACGUGGAGGGGGUGGGUGUGGCCGAGCUGCUCUUCAACACCAUCCAGGCUGCAGAUAUCGACACUAGGGCUGAGUUCUAUAAGCACAUCGUCCUGUCUGGAGGCUCCACCAUGUAUCCUGGCCUGCCGUCACGCCUGGAGCGUGAAUUGAAGCAGCUGUACCUGGAGCGAGUGCUGAAGGGAGACGUCGACAAGCUAUCUAAAUUUAAGAUCAGGAUAGAAGACCCCCCUCGACGUAAACACAUGGUGUUCCUGGGCGGUGCCGUGCUGGCCGACAUCAUGAAGGACAAGGACAACUUCUGGAUGACACGGGAGGAGUACCAGGAGAAGGGGACGCGAGUGUUGGAGAAGCUCGGGGUCACUGUCAGAUAAAACACAAACAAAUAAGAACACUUCCCCCCCACCGUCCCUCCACCCACCUCCAUCAGCUGAUGUCCAUGCAUCGCUUAUCUUGAUGUGUCUGGAUGGUCACACUGUGUCUGUGAUUCACGCUCAUUUUGAAAAGAGGGAAGGAUGGAAGGAGGGAGGAAGGGAAAUAGGGAUGAAGAACAUGGAGUUUUGGGGUAAGAAGUCUCAUUGCCAGGGGUGGGGAAUUCUUGAAUAUUUAAGACCAAAAAAUACUGACAAUUAUGUUUUGAAAUGCCAUAAAGUGCUGCAAAAUACUGCAGCUAUGUUUAAAGGAGUAGUGCCACAUUUCGGGAAAUAUGCUUUUCUUUCUUGGUGAGAGUCAGUUGAUAAGAAUGGUACCAUUCUCAUAUCUGCUCAUUCAAUGUAAAGCUGGAACCAGUUGACAGUUAGCUUAGUUUAGCAUAAAGACUGGAAGCAGGGGGAAGCAGCUAGCCUGGUUCUGUCCAAAGACAACAGCCGUGAAUGGUGGAGGUUUUUUGGGACCCUUCCUUCUCUGCAGGUUUUCAUUGGGUUAGGGCAAUAGCAAUGCUGAGGAAGCAUUUCCUUUAUACACCAAACCCAUGCCCUUGACUGUAAGAUUGCCUGACAACUAGCAGAGACUUCAAGAAGUCAGUAUUUCUGGUCAAGAAGUAGUUUGCCACCGAUCCCUGGAAAACCACAACGUGAUGUUUUUUCACUUUCACUGCACAGAUUAAACAAACAACAUAUAGCCUGCUAUUCAGUGAGCUUAAGAGCUGCUGGUAGCUGGAUUGUGUGACCUUUGGACAGAGCAGAGCUAGCUGUUUCCCCCUGUAUCCAGUGUUUAUGCUAAGCUAACUGGCUGCUCACUGUAGCUUUAUAUUAACUGUGCUGUCUGCACAUUGAAAGUGGUAUCAAUCUUAUCCUCUAACUGUCAGCAAAAAAAUCAUAUUUCCUAAAAUGUCAAACUACUCCUUUGAAGAUGAAAUCAAUAUCAAUGGCAUGAAAAAGGCAAACUGUCCUCAAACUGUUCUGAGACCAGUUUACUUUGAGAAACUGAAGAUAUUCUUGUAUUUUAUUUAGAGCAGCUCAUCUGUGGGUAUUAUGGGCCGUCUGCCUUUUCAUACAAGGCCAGAAUGAGCUCCUGGCUGUUUUCAAGUCGAAGAUGACGAUGAUGAUGAUUUUAUUAUUAGUGAUGCAUUUGAGUUCCUUUCCAAAACGAGACCUCCGCCAUGUGAAAAAUGUGUCACCUAAUCUGUCAAAACAAAAGCCUGGCAUUAAAAAUAAUGCUCACAGUGUGGGGCAUUACAGAGAUGAGAUAUCUAAACAGAUCAUUACAUCCCGAUCAUCUAACAUCCUCCCGUCACACCUCCUGUUUAAUGCUCUGCCUUGACUCUCUGUACUGCAGGUACAGCAGGGUAGGCAGCACCUCGUUUGUCUAUUUUUGUGUCUUCUCUUUUUUGGGACAUUUGCUUGCUUCUUGAACAGUUUGUAUCCUCCUCAAGAGGUAUGAUGAAUAUGAAGAUGCGAGGCGAAUACAUGGGAAAAAUCUGAAGGAAACUCUUCCUGAAUCACAGUGUGGAAGGUUUGAUUUGUGGUGGUGAGCAGAGUUUUGGAUUUGGGAACAUUUGGUUGGGGCUUUUAAUGGGUUUGAUUUGGGUGUCUCUGUAUCCAGUUUACCACCAACAAAUCAACAAGCUCAGAUCACGCAGGAUUUAUGAGAGAACUGUUUCCAUUCCUUAACGAUUACAAAGCAUCAAGUCAUUCCUUAGACGUGAUCCAAGGCUGUCAUACUACAUAUCAGCGUCUUGUAUCACUGCCUCCAGAAGUUCAGACAUUUCAGUCACCGAGCAGCUCUUAAAAUGUGUUUGGAGAAGAGUGAAUUAAAGUAUAAACUCACUGGAUGGUAGGCAGACUUUUUAUUGAUAUUUAAGUGCUGAAAAAAUGUGUUUGGCAAGUUGUAAAUCAACCAAAAUCAUGAUUCUGUGACUGAGAAAGCUCACUUCCUUGAUAGUCAAUCAAUAUUGCUGUAAUUCAGCUUCCAGCCACAAGUGGCAGCACUGAGCAGACAUCCACUUUCAACAUGACUUCAUUUCCUCUUGUUCAUUUUGACACGUUUUGCUCAUCAAAACAAGCUAACAUUUGUGACACAUGCACAAACAUAUUACACACACUGCAGGACUCAUUUAUCGAGCUGCAAAGAUUAGUUGGUUAAUCGAUCCAGUUCAUCCCUUAAUGAGCAAAAAGAAGUGGUUUGUAUUGACUGUAAUGGAAGAGAAUUUCAUGUCACUUUACACUCGCCUAAUAUCCCACCUCCUAGGUUCAGUGAGAAGAAAACCAUUUGAAUAGUUUGCAAUCAUUCUUUUCAUAACAAAAUCAUUAAAGGUCAAACUCCGUGACUGAAAUGUCUGCGAGAUACAUGACUGUGACGCCUACUAUGACUCCUGGAUCAUGACUUGUCACUUGUCAAGAAUGCACUCAAUAAUCAGCUUCUUCUUUUUUUUAAUGCUUUUGUUUCUUUUCUCUUUAUGUUUCUAAACAUUCAUGUGCUUUUGUUUCAAAGACCAGGCGUUGCCUCUCCUCUGAGGGACUGUUAUUCUUCUGAUUGUACAGCUGUGUGUUGACCUGUAUCUUUCCCCCUGUUCAGUGAGGGUCACUGAGAAGCUUUCUGCCUUUAACAGCUGAUCUCGGUGCAGUCAACACAAUUACAACAAACAGAUUGGCUGGUCCGGGGUCAGAUGUUGGGGAAAUUAAACAUAUCCUGUAUUAAGAGGAAAUCUCCAAUAGGAAAUAAUUCCAUGCCCUGGUCCAGGAGGAGAAAAGGAGGUGUGGAUAGCAGAGUCAGACAGACAGAACCAUAAAUUGUCUCAUUGGUUGAGACAGAGUGGGCAGGUUGUAUUUUUACUGACUGCAACUUCACACAGAUGAUUUAAUGAGACAAGAAGUUGUGUGUAACUGAUGAACAAAUGCUCUGUUCAACCAAUGAGAUUAUUCUUGGAUGUUUGCGCCUCCAAAACAUUAAAUCUGCACACUGAUGGCGACUUAAGAGUGUAGUCAGUCUCAGCAUUCCACUGAUCUUGAAUCUUCCUCACAUGACCACACCUCCCCCUCCUCCUCCUCUCCUCCUUGGCCCUGGCUGUACUGAAGAUGAAUUUGUGGGUUUCUGUGUGGGUCACUGAAAUAUUAUUUGUAAUAUUAAUAAGAAUCUGGUGUCAGGAAGUGGAGACCACGUAAAAGCUGGUAUUUGUGGUUUUCCGUCUCGGUUCUUAUGUGUAUAUUUGAGGCACUUGGCUCGCAUAUAUAAAUAUAAAUGUAUAAUUUCCUCCUGACAGCACGGUCAUCAAGUGCCAAGUAGACUUAUUCUUGCUGGAUAUUAUUUUUGGUCAUCCUUUCUAUGUUUUGUUUAUAGCAUAACUGCCAACCGCUGAUUUAAAUAAAGCUAAUUGAUUUAUA